GAACUACAAUCUCCAGCAGGGACCGCGCUGCCGGGCGGGGCCGUGGGGGGAGGGGACCCCCGGGAAGGGCCUCCUCCCCUCCUCCCCCCAACCUCAGUGCCUGAGCGGCUUCACCAGAGCUGCAGCAGUGGGUAGGGCUGAGGCGUUGGAAUUGCACAGACAGGCGGUCGCACAGAAAGACACACAGACGUAGUCCUGUGCAUAGCCCCUGACAGCAAAUAGCAGGUGUCACUAGCUAAAGGCCUCUGAUGAAAGAUUGGGAACAGAAGAAGGUGGCUUCUCCAAACCAACCACCACCAGCUGCCCUGGAGGAGGCCAAGAUCUCUGGCACUUGUGGGAGCCCCCGAACAUCCCCUGAGCCUCAUGACCCUGGAGGUUCCCGGCCCCUGACCCCUAGGAUGGAGAGCCACUCAGAGGAGGAAGACCGUCCUGGGGCUGGCGGUGGUCUGGGCUGGAAUGGUAGGAGUCCCCGCUCCCAGAGCCUAGGGGCUUGUUCCGCAGAGGCCAUGCUGGCCCGGAAGAAACACCGCCGUCGGCCCUCAAAGCGCAAGCGACACUGGCGGCCCUACUUGGAGCUCAGCUGGGCUGAAAAGCAACAGCGGGAUGAGAGGCAGAGCCAGCGGGCCUCCCGGGUCCGAGAGGAGAUGUUCGCCAAAGGCCAGCCUGUAGCACCCUACAACACCACCCAGUUCCUGAUGAACGACCGAGACCCCGAGGAGCCCAACCUGGAUGUGCCCCAGGGGGCCUCCCACCCAGGCUCCAGCGGGGAGAGUGAGGCCGGGGACAGUGACGGGCAGGGCCGUGCUCGUGGGGAGUUCCAGCAGAAGGAUUUCUCCGAGGCCUACGAGCGGUAUCACACCGAGAGCCUGCAGGGCCGCAGCAAGGAGGAACUGGUGCGAGACUACCUGGAUCUGGAGAGGCGGCUGUCCCAAGCCGAGGAGGAGAUGAGGAGGCUGCGGCAGCUGCGGGGAUGCACCAGCUGGCGCCCCUGUUACCAAGUGGAGGAACUGGCCGCCGAGGUAGAGAGGCUCCGGACGGAGAACCAGCGACUUCGGCAGGAGAAUGAGAUGUGGAACCGAGAAGGCGGCCGCCGUGGUGGGCAGCCGGGCAGCUAGGGGUGCCCCCCUCCCCCGCCCCAGCCAGGCUGACUCAAGGAGUGUACCCUCAGGCCAGCUGAGUCUUAAGGAGACAGGUCUCAGUCUCCCUGCUCUCCCUGAGAACAGCCAAUACAGGCUCAGGCUUCUACCUUGUCAUGUCCACAAUUUGUUCUUGGAUGUCAUGUUACUUUUCACAAAGGAAUUAAAUGAUUUUGGUGAAAUCA